CAACAAAAGAAUAAUUAAAAAUCAAUUCUUAGAAGCUGAUAAACAAUUUUUAGGAGAUGAUAAGCAAUCCUUAGAAGAUGAAAAGGAGGAUAAAAAAUCACCAAAUAUCGUACAAAAACAUCAAGAACAUAAUAAGUACACAUCAAAGGCCAUUAACAUGCAAGAGAUCAUAAAAGCAUUAUCAAAAAUGACAAUUGUCAGCAAUCCUGUAGAUAGCGUUGAAAUUCCAAAAGAGUAA